AUGUCUUCAUAUUAUAACUCUACAGCUUUUCUAAAUAAGCCAUCAGUGGGGCUAACCAUCUUCUUAACCACUGUCAUGAUUUUUAUAACAAUUAUGGAUGUCCUUGGAAAUGUCCUGGUUAUUGUAUCCAUCUUAAAGAACAAGAAACUUAGAAAUGCUGGUAAUGUCUUUGUGAUUAGCUUAUCAGCUGGGGACCUGAUAGUUGGCGUGUACACAUACCCUUUAGUUUCUAUUGCUACAUUUUAUAACAAAUGGAUCUUGGGAGACCUUCAGUGCAAGAUUUCUGCUGUCAUUCACAUUCUAAGCUUUCUUGUAACUGUCUACAGCAUCAUGGGUAUUGCGAUGAACCGCUACUGUUGCAUCUGUCACAGCCUCAAAUAUGACAAGCUGUACAAUAUGAGAAAUACAUGCUUCUACGUAUUGUUGACAUGGGCGUUCAGCAUUAUUUUGAUUAUACCUAUUACAGUCUGUGAUGUUAUACAGUAUGAUGAAAGGGUACAUUUCUGUGCUUUUAUGUUUGCAGUAAAUCCUUCUUUAAAUAUUGCACUGGGAUUUUUGCAUUUCUUAAUACCAGUUACCAUUGUGAUCUUCUGUUAUUCGAAGAUCUGGAUCUUGGUUAUUCAGGCAAAGUAUAGAGUUAGACAGGAGAACAAACAGAAGUUGAAACCUGCUGAAGUACGUAACUUCCUUACCAUGUUUGCAGUGUUUGUUCUUUUUGCAGUUUGCUGGAGUCCAUUCAGCAUACCUGGCUUUCUGGAAGGCUUUAAUUCAAAAAAAAUAUUUUUUCAAUUUCCUCCAUGGUUGUUUGUAUUUGGUUAUUUUACUGCAUCAUUUAACAAUUGUCUUAAUGGUAUUGUUUAUGGUGUCCUAAAUCAAAAUUUCCGGAAAGAGUACAAAAGAAUUCUCCUAAUGCUAUGUACCAUUCGGACACUCAAGUGA